AUGGAUGCAAUGUCACUUGUGCAACGAUUUGGAAAGCCUGAUUUGUUUAUAACAGUAACAUGUAAUCCUAAUUGGCCAGAGAUUAAAGAACUUCUCAAAUAUGUUGAUGUACCACAAAAUAGGCCGGACCUUCUUGCUCGUGUUUUCCGUGCUAGACUUGAAGAGCUAAAAAAUGACAUCUUUAAGAGAAAAAUUUUUGGAGAGGUGGAAGCAUAUGCAUAUGUGAUUGAGUUUCAAAAAAGAGGACUUCCGCAUGCUCACUUUCUCAUUAUUUUGAAGAGCAAAUUCAAAAUUACAACUCAUGCUCAUUGUGACAGAUUUAUAACUGCUGAGAUUCCUAAUAAAGAAAGUGAACCACAGUUAUACAAUCUGGUUAAAAAGCAUAUGAUUCAUGGUCCGUGUGGUUCUUUAAAUCCUAAUUGUGCUUGUAUGCUUCACCAGCAACAACAACUUGCUCCAUCUUGCAAAGAUAAGUACCCUCGCUCAUUUAAUGAUGAAACUAUUUUUGACGAAAACUCCUACCCUAUAUAUCGUAGGAUGGACACUUCAACAAACGUUUUUGGAUAA